GCUCCGAAACCCGACACGGGCAGACACUCCCUGCACAGCCAGGAACCAGGAAAUACAAGCCCAGCCUGCCCAGAGAGGCUCGGGCUGCUCGGGGAAGGAAGGAACGGCAUGGGCAACCUGUGCGCCUGCGGCCGGCCCGGGAGGUGUCCUUCGCUUUUCAAAAGAAAGAAAGAAAAGCAAGGAGCUAAUGUGAGGCAUGAGACUCAACAGCAGCAGCCUGGCAGGAAGGUCCCCACGUACGAAGAUGUCCCUGAUGUCCCUGUGUACGCCACGGUGAGCAAGCCCCAGGCUGUGCAGCAGGAGGAGAGCAUCCACUACGCCGACAUCCAGGUGUUCUCGGCGCGGGAGCGCUCGGCGGCCGAGCUGAGGACGCUGCAGCUGCAGAACGCCACGGAAUACGCCACCCUCAACUUCCCCAGGGCCAGGCUCAAGUACGACAGCAAAAAUGGGACCUUGGUCUAACAGACUUCAUGGACUCAUCCUCCUCCUCCAGCAGGAAAAGGAGUGCACAGCUGUAGAGCCAGAGGCUCGGUCUGACUGAGGAGUUCACAGCUGGUUCUGCUGGCAAAAAAAUCCUCCUGCCCUGGGGAGAGCUGCCCUGGAGCUGGCAGCCUGUCCCCUGCCAGGGGCAGAGCUGCUGCU